AUGUCUUUUUCCAUGGUCUACGACACCUUGCAGGUGGUCAAGGAGCACAUGUUGCUUGUGGCUAUCAUUGGAGUAUUCCUGAUUCAUCUGCUGCGACUGCUUGCACCUCCCACUAUCAAGAAUGUCCCCACCGUCAGGUAUUCAAACUGGUUGCCGGACUUUGUCAACCGAAUCCUCUACUACCCUUACGCCAUCUCUAUGAUCGAAGCUGGAUAUUACAAGUACAAGGACCGCAUGUUUCGAAUGAUCACAAGUGACGGAGAGGUCUACGUUCUGCCCAUGAAGUAUCAGAAGGACCUUCGGCAUUUGAAUCUUUCAAAGAUCAGCUCUCUGGAUGCUCAAUACGAAAACGCACUUGGCGACUACACCCAUAUCUUGCUCAACACCACCUUGGUGUCUGACACGAUCCGCAAGCGUUUGACGCCCAGUCUGAGUCGUCUUGUACCCCGGGUGAUCGAUGAGCUGGUUAGGGCUUUCAGUACCGUCUUGCCGGAAACCGAAAAAAACGAAUGGAUCACCAUCAACCCGAAUGACCUGUUCAAUCGUCUUAUUGGCCUUUCGUCGGCGCGUGUCAUGGUCGGUGAUGCUCUUCGGCACAACGAAGAAUGGCUCAAGGCCUCCGUCGGCUACGCCCAUUGUCUUGGUAUCACUAUGGUCGUCUUGCGGCCCAUCCCCAAAUACCUUCGUCCAUUGGUUGCUCCCUUCCUCCCUUCAACUUGGGAAAUGUCCAGGAGUGUGCGUCUGGCAAAACGUCUCUUCUCCCCGAUUGUCAAUGAGCGCAGACGGGCAGCGGAGGAAAAUGACCCUGGUUACACCAAGCCGGAUGAUUUUUUGCAAUGGUUCUUGGAUCUUGGCGUGGAAGAAGGUGAAAUUCUUCCGGCCGCUGAAAUCUCUCAGCACAUGUUACUGCUGGUAGCUUUGGCGGUUACACACACCAGCACCAUGGCUUUGUGCCACGCGACCUUCGAUUUGAUUUCCAGGCCUGAGUAUCUCGAGCCUCUGCGUGAAGAGAUUCACCGUACUCUGCCUGAUGGCUGGCACUUGGGUACACAGGCUGCAUUCUUGGACCAGGUUCGAUUGGAUAGUUUCCUGCGCGAGUCUCAGCGUUUCGCGCCGCCGGGUGAUUUGUCCUUCCACCGCAAAGUUAUGUCACCCGUCACGCUUCAUGACGGCGUCGUCCUUCCUAAGGGUGUUCACAUAUGUUUUCCCGCAGGCGCAAUCAGCAGGGAUCCGACCUUCGUCCAGAAUCCCCUCGCCUUCGAUGGUUUCCGCUGGUGCAAGGACCCCAAGGAUCGCUACGCCCUGUCUCCCGAACUUGCCAAAUCCGCUCUGAUCGAUCAGACUGACAACAAGGAGGAUUCGGCUCCCAAUGCCCCAUCCGGCUUUGUGACUGUCACUGCUACAAACAUGGGAUUCGGAUACGGACGUCAGACUUGCCCUGGUCGAUUCUUUGCAGCCAACACCACCAAGACAAUCCUCAGUCGUCUCAUUCUUGACUACGACUUCCGAUUCGCUGGAGGUAAGGAUGCGAAGCGGCCUCCCAACACUUGCAUUGGAGAGCACAUCCUCCCCAACCUGACUGCUGAGCUGGAAUUCCAGAAGAAGCACAUGGAAUUUUGA